CUCUCCUUGUCAAGCUUGUGCUUCCCAAGUCUUUAUCCCCUCCACUAAUCCAAGCUUCUUCUUCUUCUCUUGCUUACUCCAAACCUCCUCUUCCUUUCCUUUGCUUUGCUUUUCUCGGCGGCGCCGUCUAACUCAAGAAGCCAAGAGCGUCAAGGCAACCCUGCAAGUCUAACAAGCCAAGAAAUUUGAGGUGAAGUUCGGGUGCAAGGAUCCAAGAAAUCCAAGGGGGGUUUUUGGCGGCGAGAAGGCAAGAAAUUGAUCGGGGAAGAGCCACCGCCGGCCGAGGAAGGAGUAGGCAGCAGCCAUGGUGCGGAGCAAGGUGGUGCACAAGAAGCCCAAGGAUCCGCUGGUGACGCCGCCGUCCGCCAAGCUGAGGAGGUUCCAGGACGACGACGGAGGCGGCGGAGGGAGCCGGCCGAGGAACCGCGGUGGCGUGGCUAUGUCGCCGGCGGUCGCGUCCGUGCCUAACUAUAUGAGGGGCACGAGCAGCUCCGACGCGAAGGUCGGGCGGGGGGCGUCGCGGCCGCUGUGUUCCGCGUCGCCUCCGCGGCGGAGGCCGGUGCGGGUGGUGACGAGGGGGAAGGUGCUGUUCCAGAAGGCCGCCGCGGCCGGGCCCGGGCUGGGCCGGGCCACGUGCUCGUCGACGAUGAAGGACGCCAAGUUCCCCGACGCGCUCGACCUGGCCCCCGGCGCCACCGACGCCGAGGGCCCCGCCGCGAUGCGGGUCUGCCCCUACACGUACUGCUCCCUCAACGGCCACGCCCACUCCCCGGCGGUGCCGCUCCGGAGCUUCCUCGCGUCGCGGCGGCGGCUGAUCAAGACGCAGCAGAGCAUGAAGCUCAAGGGCGUCUCGGCGUUCCGCAAGGGCACCGGCCACCCGAGACCGGAGGACAGGGGCGGCGCUGUCGCCUGUGCCGCCGCCGGCGCGAGGGUCGCGCCGCCGAUUGACGAGGAGGCGCUCGGCGACUUCUUCGUGGAGGUGUACGCCGGCCCGCGAGUGAGCACGGACAUGAGCUGCAGCGACAUGUCCCUGGACGAGAUGGACGCGACGGUGAGGAGGAUGGAGUUCGUCGUCUUCGACCGGUGCGGCGCGGACGACUCCAACGGGAAGGGGAACGGCCUCGAUGUCCGCGGCGACGGCGAUGACGACGCGAGGCUGGAGGAGAGGUAUGGUGCCUUCAGGGACAACUCGUCGGAGUGCAGUGACGCGUCGACCUCAGGCGAAUUUGUUGAGGAGUUGCCGUGGAUGAGGUACCAGGGGUACGAAGAUGACAGCUUGGAUGGUGAACUUUUAGAUGAACACCGGAUCAGAGAUGAGGAGAUUACUGGAGCUGUUGUCUCGGAGGAGCAAGAUGGCCAACAUGAAGAGGGUACACCAGGUAGAUCAGACGAUGAGUGCGAAGAUGAAGCUGUUCAAGAACAGGAAGCAAAUGAUGAGGAGAACAUCUCAGAUUUUGUCGGUGAAUCAGAGAUCGUAAAACCGCAGGAAGGUGUUGAUUUCAGAGUAGAGGCUUGCGCUGAGCAGGAGGGAAUCAGUGAAGACAACAUCCUGGAUGUGGCGCAUCAGACUGAGGUUGGCACAGAACAAGAGAUUCAGGAACAGAAGAACUUUGCUGCCAUCUGUAAUUUGGAGAUUCCUGAGCAGGAAGUAGCUGAAUCAGUGUCGAAUAUCCUUGAUGAGACCGAGGGUACCUCGACAGAGCAGGAAGAGGAGGGCGAUGGGACCAACAUGGAGUCUGCCAGCAUUUCAGAGGUUACCAAGGAACUAAAUGUGGAAGACGAAGAGAACGCGCAGGAUGACGGUGGAUCUGAAAUGGAGAUAUCCGAGGAGAUCAUAUCUGGUUUUGGUUGCGAAGAGGAUUUGUCGGAGGAGGUUACUUCAAAACAUGUCUCUGAAGGUGAAAUUUCUGACUUUGGUGCAAUUAUACCUGUACAUGUUGAAAUGCACAAGAAGCCAGUAGACAACCAUGCCUUUGAACAAGAUGAUUGCAGCACUGCAGACAAUGCAUUUCAUCAAGAUGACAAUAUUGCAAACAAAGCAUUUGAUGAAGAUGACAUCACUGCAGAUGGCCAUUGUGAUUCUCAAAAGGAAUUGGGUAUCACAAUGGGAGAACUCAUUGUUGCUUCCGAAGAAGGUGGUAUUCAAGAAGCUAAAUAUCAUGAUCCUGUGGACUGCACAGAAGAUGUUCACAAGGAAUUGGAUGUAUUCUUGUGUGACUCACAAGGUGCUUCUGAAGGUUCUGGUAUUGCCCAAGAAAGCAACCAAGAUGCUAACUCAAGCUUUAACGAUGGAGUGGAAAUGGUACCAGAUAUUACCACCCAGACAUUGGAAGAUGGUUCUAAAGAAUCUGAUGCUGCUGAAGAAACCACUCAUGACUACUACUCUGCACCCCUCACUGCUUGUGCUGAAAUGGAAUUAGGAAAUGGCACAAAUGAUUUGAUGGAUGACUCUUCUUAUGUCAAUGAAGAACCUGAUAUUGCUCAAGAAACUGGUGAAGAUAAUAAUGCUGAAUAUGUAAGUGAUGAUGAUUGUCAAAAGGCAACCGCGAUAACCAGAUGCCAAUUGCAAGUUGCUUCUGAAGUUAUUGCUCAAGAAGCUGAUGAUAAUGAUAGAGAUGGUGUACAAAAUGAAUCUGAGCAGAUACCAUGUGAAUCUGCAGGUUCUGAAGAAUGCGAUGUUACAACUAUUCAGAAUGACAAUACUGCAGAUUUCAAUGAUGGUGCUCUACAGGAAUGUGUGGAUACAAGUGAAUCAAAAGAUGCUCAUGAAGAAUCAGAUGUUACUCAAGACAGUGAUAAAGAAGAUUGUUCUGUACAUACCAAUGCUGUUGCUCAAAAGGAAAUACAUCUUGAUGCAUGUGAAUCUGGAGGUGCUUCUGAAGGAACUACUGUCCCUCCAGAGAAUGAUGGACAUGUUAACACCACCGAUCUAAAUAACAGUGCUCCAAAGGAGAUAACUGGUUCUAUAUCAGAUGCCUGUGAAGACCAUUGUAUUACUGAAGAAACCAGUUACUCAUCCAAUAUGGUACUUCCAGAUCUCAGUGAUAACUUCAGUGCCGAAGGCCAUGAGAAGCUCCACAACCAAGAAACUGCUACAAAAGAAUCAUGUGUAGAUGAUAUAUGCGACGCAUUCAGCGGGAUGCACCUCAAAGGCGAUGUAUAUCUUGAUCCUACUGAGUCCAUGACUUGUCCUAGGAACAGAUUGAUCAUUGCUAGGAGGAGGAAAACACCAGAAGAGGAGGAAUACUUGCGAGGUUUUAAUCCAAGAGCUCCAAAUUUUCUUCCUCUCGAACUGGAUCCGGAUUCAGAAAAGGUGGACCUCAAGCAUCAGAUGAUGGAUGAGCGGAAGAAUGCUGAAGAAUGGAUGAUUGACUAUGCACUUCGACGAGCUGUGAAUAAUUUAGGCCCUGCUCGAAAGAAGAAAGUGGAGCUUCUUGUCCAGGCCUUUGAGACCGUCCUACCGCAUGAUGAGGAGGAAAAGAAAAGCAUCACACCCACAAGGCCUGUCCAAGCUUGCAACUGAUAAUUGUAGAGUUAGUAGUCGAACUAAUCGUGAUCUUGACUCGCGAGCUACUAACUCAGUGGUCGCUGCAAUAUUAUCGCCAGGGACCUGGUUGAAGUUGAAUGAGAGAAGAACUUACUAGUUACUGGAGAUUUCUAGUUUGGGUUGUUUUACUGAAAUCUCUAGUUGAGUUGCUGAGGAGCUCAAAACUGCUCCACAGGGAAAUAUAACCACUCACUGAAUCAAGCAGAUUCUUAACUAGUUACUGAAUUGCAAAGUAACAGCUCACCAGCUAAGUACUGUAAAAACGUGUGGAUAAAUAUCUCUUGUGCUAGCAUCUUACUGAUGACUGAGGCUAGCAAAAUGUCUUGGGUGGUUGAUGCCUUCGACAAAAAUCAAUAGAAUUCUUCAGGGGUGCAGAUUUGGUUGAGUAUGAUCAUA